AUGUGCCAGCUGAAAGAACUCAUCAAACCGAUUUAUUUACUGCUCCUGGCAGUAGGACUACCCUCCAGUCAGGCGGAUGUGUUUCCGCAGUGUGCCAAUGUGGAUGUGGAUACCUUUGUCAUGGCCAUAGACGAUUGUGCCAGCUACAUUUAUUGCAAUGGCGAGAACUCCUUCAGGGACAGCUGCCCGAACCAAACGUAUUUCGAUGCAAAGGCGCAGGAAUGCGCCUUCGAUGAUGCUGGUGUUUGCUUGGAAGCUAGCGAGACGACAGCUGCCAGCACUGCGGCUACAGAGGACACGACUACUCCAGCAGGCAGUAGGCCACAUUGCGAUGCCAGCGGCGAUGGCUAUCAUCCGCAUCCGGAGCGCUGCGAGUAUUAUUACAGCUGCAUCGGCGGCUACUUGACCAUAGUGCGUUGUCCCUACAACUACGGCUGGGAUUAUGCGCAGCAGCAGUGCAAGCCCUUGUCGGAGGCGCAAUGUUUUAGCUUAUAG